UCUCCUCUCCUUCCGCUUCCUUCUCCGCCACCUCAAACACCAAAAAAUUAGCAGCGACCCCAAAAAACCAGAGAUCUUUUCGCACCAAAAAAUUUGAGGAAAAAAAUACGAGGGCGAAACCCUAGCGAGGGGCGAAUUCCGCCGCGCAUUGCCUCCCCCCGCGCGCGUCGCGUGCCGGAGCUGGGUCGUGGGGUCGCCGGCGGCCGCGGCGGCGCGGGCGAGGCGUCGUUGGUAGUGCUCCUCGGUCGCUGGUUGCGCUUGAGCAGGCGGACGCGAUCAGGAAGGGGGGUGCCGCAGCCUAGGCCGCCGGAGACGGCGGCAACGGGGAGGAGGAGGAAAUGGCGCUGUUCCGGAGGCUGUUCUACCGGAAGCCGCCGGAUCGGCUCCUCGAGAUCGCAGACCGCGUCUACGUAUUCGAUUGUUGCUUCUCAACAGAAACCAUGGAUCAAUUCAAAUACAAGAAUUACCUGGACAGCAUUGUGUUGCAGCUCCGUGAGCAGUUUGCAGAUUCUUCAUUGAUGGUAUUAAACUUCAGAGAUGAAGGAAAAAGUCUGGUUUCAGGCUUGUUCUCCCUGUACAGAAUUACAGUCAAAGAUUACCCCUGCCAAUACUUAGGAUGUCCAUUGCUUCCUUUGGACAUCGUCAUCCACUUCCUCAGGCUGAGCGAGAGGUGGCUUAUGUUUGAAGGGAAGCAAAAUAUUCUGCUAAUGCACUGUGAGAAAGGCGGAUGGCCAGUGUUGGCAUUUAUGCUUGCAGCUCUUCUUCUGUACCGGAAACAAUACAAUGGGGAACAAAGAACUCUGGACAUGGUGUACAAGCAAGCACCGAAGGAGCUUCUUCAGAUGUUAACAACAUUAAAUCCACAGCCUUCUCAUGUUCGAUAUCUACAGUACAUAUGCAGAAUGGACUACGAGUUGGGGUUGCCCACACAACCUAUUCCUUUCACCCUGGAUUGUGUAAUUCUUAGAGGAGUACCAAAUUUCGAUGGAGUAGGUGGUUGUAGGCCAAUAGUUCGAGUGUAUGGGCAGGAUAUUCUAACGCUUGAUAGAGGUCGCAAUGCUCUUGCAACACCAUUCAAAGCCAAGAAACAUGUUAGGCGUUACAGACAGGCAGACAACAUGCCGGUGAAGUUAAAUGUGGGAUCAUGCGUCCAAGGUGAUGUGGUCCUUGAAUGCUUGCAUGUGGAUGAUGGCCUAGAAAAUGAAAGGCUAAUGUUUAGGGUGAUGUUCAAUACUUUCUUUAUCCAGUCUCACAUUUUACAGUUGAACUUUGAGCACAUUGAUGUCUCUUGGGAUGCUGAUCACCGGUUCAUAAAGAACUUCAAAGCAGAGGUACUCUUUUCAGAGUUUGAUGCUGAAUCUGAUGCGUCUUCCGAAAUUGCAUCUGGUGAUGAUGAUGAUGACGACGACGACGACUGUGGUGAUGAGAUAGAAGUUGGCUCUGCUGAUGAGUUCUUUGAAGCAGAAGAAAUCUUCAGUAGUCUUGACUUACAUGAUGGACACAAGGAUGCUGAUUUUCGUUCCAUAGCUUCUUCAGAUCGUACUUCAAGCAUUGAAGCUAGGAAAAUCUCACCAUUUUCCAGUCUUGAGCUGAGCAGUGAUGAUAUUGAUGGAUCACCAGAAAGUAAAACCGAUGACAUGAAUAUGUCAUUUGGAAUACUAAAUGAUGAAAAUGCAUGCACAUCUGUUGACACCAAUAUUAUGCAUGAAGAUGUAACGAGAGUAGUGUCAAGUUUGGAAAGUACAACAGAUGGAGGCAGAGACAACAUCAAUUCGAGUUCUGCUACCUACAUAGAUAAAGAUGAUGGCUGCACAGUUGAAAACAGUGAUUCAAGGCAGGACAGGACAGUGGAUCCCAAGCAAGACUUGAGUCAUACUGAUAACGUGCUGGUCAAAGAGGUGAUUAUAUUGGAAACCAAUAGUCCAAAGGACAUUCAGAUGAUCAAAGAAGUAAUCAUAUCUGAAGUCACCACUCCAAAACAAGUGCUGGAGGGCGAGAUUGAAUUAGGCAAUGCAGUCCACAAUUCAGAAAGCAUCAUAUUGACGGAGGCUGAUAGUACUGAAGGACUUAACAUUGACAUUGCUCUCAAACAGGAUGAGGGAGAUAGUCCAAGAGAAGAAUGCGUUACUUCUGUCAAUGGCACCAAACAAGAAAACAACAGUAAUACGGAUCAGCCUAGCAUCAGUGAAACAAACGUACUAGUGAUUGAGCCCGCAGAUCAGAAUAACAGGAUGGAGCCUCCAGUGGUAGGGAGGCCACACCUGCAGAGCACAAGUGCUACCCUGAUUUUAAAUUCUGGUGAGCAAAAGAUUAAGCAGUCUGAUGCUUCCAAUAACAAUGGAACUGCAGAACAAACAGAGGGAACGGAAGCUUCCGUAUCCAACUCGACAGGCCAACCUUUGAAUAUUUCUUCUGUGAAUAUGCUACCUGAAGGUUUUAGCCUGGAAGCAAAUGGCGCUCUAACUCAUGCCAGUGCAAGUACAGUUACAGCUGACUCGUCUCGACUGGCGCUAAAGAAAAAAACUUUUCUUCCUUUGUCAACACAACGUAUUUUUGCUCCAUUUUCUCCCAGGCGUAAUGUGCUCCGUUCAGCAUCGACAGAUUUGUCCUUUCUAUCUCCAUUGCAAACAGAAUCUAAUCAGAACUCUGUUCCUUCUACAAGCGGGAGGGAUGUUGUUGCUACACCUUCAGUGUCUCCACCGCCCCCAUCCUCUACAUCUCUGAGAUCAUCCCUAGUAAAUCCCCCUCUACGACCAAUCAAAACUGUUUCAUCUUUACCUUCAUCUUCAUCAUUGGAAGCAUAUAUAGAGAUGUCAGCUUCCUAUUCUCCAUUAUCACAUGUUAACCCUCAUCGUCCCUUGAUACCAUUAUCACCACCUCGACAACCUUACCCAGCAAAGACACAUGAAAAAGAUUUACAUCCAGGUAGUCUAUCUUUUCCUGUUUUGCCUGCUUCCAACAGGUAUGCAUCUCACCCUCCAGCGCCAUCCCCACCUCCUCCUUCACAUACACUUUGUACUAAAAUUAAUUCAAGCACCUCAAUAUCUCAUCAUGCACAAAGAAGAGAAAAAGGGUCUUGCUCCUCUAGUCCUCGUAAACAAACUAUUCUCAACCUAGGUUUUUCCUCUCUAACUUUACCAUCCAAAAGUAGUAUAGUGAUGACAGACUUUAUCUUAGGAGCCUCUGAUUUUAUAGACACGGAAGUAACAAACAGAAGAAAUAUACCAACUGACAUGGAUGUUCCAACUACCAGUGAAGAUACAAAGUAUUUCUUUCACAUGCCUCAUUCUUUAUCUCCCAAAACUUCUCAACAUAGUACACCACAGUCUCCACCUCUGCUUCCUCUACUGCCACAACUACCAUUGCCAAUUACAGAUAGUGAAUCGGUACCACUUAUAAGCUCAAAGUCUUCUUCAGAUUGUUCAUAUAAAGAAGCAGCAACACCACCAGGAAAACAACCCCCCUCUCAACCUCCACUUCUUGGAGCAAAUGAUCCUUCAAGUUCAAAAUUUAAAGAGGAAGUACCUCAUGAACAGCCUUUAGAUCCUCCUUUGGAAGCAUGCAAGGAAUUCUCGCGGCAUGAACUGAUCAAUGAAACCCCACCCUCCGCAGUUCAUAUAAAAGAACAUGGAGCCAUUCCAACCCCACCACAUCCACCCAGCUGGCAUAGGGGAAUUUCACCUGUUCAUAUACUUACACGUCAACCCCGUCACCCACCUUCAACACCACCUGCAGCCCCGCCUUUGCCACCACACUUGUCUUUACUCCCAUCUCUAGAACCUUUGCCCUCACCUUCAGUUACACCCUCAACACAAUCCUUGUCAUCUCCCCAUUUACCUCAAACACCAGCUCUUCAUAUAAAUGAUAUAUCAUCCCCGUCUGCCCCACCGCCUCCUCCACCUCCGCCUAGAGAGCAUGAAGUAAUUUGCCCUUUGCCUCCAAUUUCACCUAAAAGGCAUGAUGUACCCUCACCUCCACCACCACCUCCUUUUGGACAACAUCAAGCACUUUUGCCUCCUUCCAUUUCCCAGGAUCAUGUAAUAGCUCCACCUCCACCUCUAACAAGGGAUGCUGGAAUUCUGCAGCCACCACCACCUCCACCUAGAGAGAGUGCUGGGAAUUUCCCUCCUCAUCCUAUUGAAGGAAGCCCAUCUCCAGCUCUACUAGAAUGUCAAGUUGGAGCUCCAAUUCCGCCAUCACCUCCUUUUUGUGAAGGAAAGGAAAGAAUUCCACCUCCAAUUUCUCUUGAAGGAAAUAAAACAACUCCACAGCCUUCUCUUAUUAGAGGACGAGAAGGAACUCCACUGCAAGAUGGAUUUCAAGGUGGAGCUCCGCCUCCAACACCACCUCUUGGAGUGCAUGGAGGGGCUCCAUCGCCACCGCCACCACCUCCUGUAGCAUGUGGAGUGGCUCCACCGCCGCCGCCACUUCCCGGAGGAUACGAAGGGCCGCCUCCACCUCCUCUGCUACCUCCUGGUGCACAUAGUGGAGCUCCACCGCGGCCACCACUUCCCGGAGGAUACAAAGUGGCACCUCCACCUCCUCCGCUACCACCUGGAGCCUAUGGUGGGGCUGCACCACCGCCGCUGCCACCUCCCGGAGGAUAUGGAGGGGCACCUCCACCUCCUCCACCUGGAGGAAUCGGAGGAGUUCCACCUCCACCACCGCCUAUUGGAGGGAUAGGAGGUACUCCAACUCCUCCACCUCCUGCAGGAUUUCGAGGUGGAGCUCCGUCUCCUCCUCCUCCUCCCGGAGGAUAUGGCGGGACUCCUCCACCACCUCCUCCUAGAGGGCAUGGAGGAGUAGGUGCCCCCCCCCCCACCAGGUGCACCUGCUCCUCCAAUGCCCCCCGGAAUACCUGGUGGCCCCCCUCCACCUCCUGGAGUACCUGGUGGCCCCCCUCCACCUCCUGGUGGACGAGGUGGCCCCCCUCCACCUGGUGCAAGAGAGGUCUUCGUUCCUUGGGCGCAACCUCACUUACUGUAGCACGGAAGUCAUCUCUAAAACCACUGCACUGGGUCAAAGUAACAAGAGCAAUGCAAGGAAGUGUAUGGGCAGAAAUUCAAAAGCAAGAUGCUGAUAGCGAUUCUGAGUUCGAUGUGAGUGAACUGGCAUCUCUUUUCACUAUUGCUCCAAAGGCAAAAGGUGGCGCAAAAUCAGAAGGGGCUGGAAAAUCUCUUGGUUCCAAAACUGAUAAGAUUCACCUGAUGGAUAUAAGACGGGCAAAUAACACAGAGAUCAUGUUGACGAAAAUCAAAAUGCCACUCUCCGAAAUGAUGAGUGCUGCUCUGGCCUUGGACGAUUCAAUUUUAGACGCUGAUCAGGUUGAAAAUCUCAUAAAGUUUUGCCCAACAAAAGAGGAAAUGGAUCUUCUAAAGAACUUUACAGGAGACAAGGAAACUCUUGGAAAGUGUGAACAGUUCUUUCUAGAAUUGAUGAAGGUGCCAAGGAUUGAAUCUAAGUUUAGGAUAUUUGCUUUCAAGAUUCAGUUUCAGACACAGAUUAGGGAUGUUAGAAAGAAUUUGCUGACCGUGGCAGCGGCUUGUGAGGAGCUCAGAGGCUCUGAGAAGCUGAAGGUGAUCAUGAAGAACAUUCUGUUAAUUGGGAACACAUUAAAUGAAGGGACACCAAGAGGCCAGGCUGUUGGUUUCCGCUUGGACAGUAUCCUAAAACUUGUAGAGACCCGUGCAACCAGCAGUAGAACAACACUAAUGCACUUUCUUUGCAAGUCCCUUGCAGGAAAGUCACCAGAACUACUGGAUUUUCAUGAGGAUCUAGUUAGCUUGGAAGCUGCUUCGAAGUUGCAAUUGAAAGCAUUGGCGGAGGAACAGCAGGCAGUUGUAAAAGGGCUAGAGAAAGUUGAACAGGAACUAACUGCUUCAGAAACUGAUGGGCCAGUUUCUGAUGUUUUUCGAAAGACUUUAAAGGAGUUCCUUGAUGAUUCUGGUGCUGAUGUACGUGCCCUAUCAGCACUCUACGCUGAUGUAGGUAGAAGUGCAGAUGCAAUUUCCCUUUAUUUUGGAGAAGACCCUGCAAAAUACCCUUUUGAGCAAGUUGCUUCCACCCUUCUGACCUUUGUGGGGUUAUUUCGGAAGGCGCACGAGGAGAAUCUCAAGCAGAUUGAGGCUGAGAGGAAGAAAGCGCUGAAAGAAGCGGAAAAGGAAGCAAGCCAGGACAGAACUCCUGUAAAAUCGAAAGAUGGAAAUGUAGGAUCACCAAGGUCGCCCUUCAAAUGAUAUCUGUCCCGAAACAUGGACACGGUCAUCAGUUUUUCCUCAGCAGACGACCUCUGCCAGCCAUGCAGACCUUCAGGAGGCUGGACUGUCACCAGAUGCAUGACUUCCUUGGGGACAUCUCAUGCCUACAAGACAAGAUACUUCCGGUUGGACAUCCACGUUUGAUAGCCCAUGACACUGUACAAAGCUAACCCAGCACCUAACGUAGGUCCAUGUGUACAGAUUUCUUAUUAGAUUUUCCCCCAUUUGUUUUACACUAGCAGUAGCAGCAGGAGUAGGCCAGUGGUUGUAAAUUAGGAAAAUGAAAGAAAUGUAAGCAAUGAUUUGUAGUCUAGAAGAAAUAGAAAAGGAUUAGUGUUUACCACAGGAAAUUUUGCUACCAACAGAUUAGGCGGUUUUGAAGCGAUAGAUAGGUUGACACACAACACUAUAGCUCAACCAGGUGAUUCUACAAUAUAUGUACUUUCUGUAA